AUGAAGGGCACGUUCACGGCGCUUGAUGUGGCAGCGAUGCUCAAGAUGAUUGGACCUGAGAUCAUCGGGUGUUCAGUGAAGAACAUCUACGACCUCACCGGGCGGACCCUGCUGUUCAAGCUCCAAGCCCGUGGUCGCAAGCCCUCGUUGCUGGUCGAGUCGGGCGUCCGGCUCCACCUGACCACCUAUGAGCGCGCCCGUCCGCCCAAGCCCUCGGGCUUUGUCACCAAGCUGCGCAAGCACUUGCGUGAGUCGCGGGUGGCGGCUGUUCAGCAGUUGGGCAUCGACCGGGUGGUGCUGCUGACGUUUGCGUCGCGGGAGGGACUCCAUCAUCUGUAUGUGGAGCUGUAUGACCAGGGCAAUGUGGUGUUGCUGGACUCUGAGAUGGUGAUUCUGGCAACGAUGCGGAGGCGUGUGGAUGCCGAGGCCGGCGUCAAGAUUGCGCCUCGGGAGGUGCUGGACGUGGCGAGCGCCCGCAACGUGGGCGAGGUGCUCGACGACGAGCGGAUUCGUGCGCUGCUGCCGGAAGCGGGCUCGCCGUUCAAUUUGCUGCUCCGGUCGUCGAUGUACGGCAAGGAGCUGGCGCAGCACGCGCUCCUCGGCGCCGGCGUGGACGGCAAGGCCGAAGCCGAAGAGGUGCUGGCAUCCGACGAUGGGGUGUCCCAGAUUGCGGCGGCGUGUCGCGAAGCCGACGGCAUUGUCGAUGUGCUCUCGCCGCGGUUUGUGGUCGAGGGCUCCAACACGCAGGAUCCAGACGAGCCGAACGAGGUUGUGCCUGGCUACAUUAUUCUGCUGCCCAAGAAGGGCCACGAAGUCGAUCCGGCUGCGCCGCUGGUGGUGAGCUACGUCGAGGGCAUGGCCAUUCCGCCUGCCGGCUUUAAGGCUGGCUACUGUAUCCCGCAUCUGUGGCGGCAGUUUGCGGACGCGUCGCGGAUCGAGUUCACCUCGUUUGAUGUUGCGGUCGAUGCAUACUUUUCGUGCAAGGAGAUGGCAAUGGCGUCGACGACCAAGACGACCAAGGGUGACAAGGCCGAGAAGAAGAUCGACAAGGCGCGAAAGGACCAGCUCAAUCGGGUGGCCGGACUGGCGGCCAAGGUCGACGACUGCACAGCCAAGGCACAGGCAAUCGAGGUCUCAGUCGACGAAGUGGAGCAGGCCAUCCUCAUCAUCCGGUCGGCGCUGGAGAACGCUGUUGAUUGGGAAGAGCUCGGGCGGAUUGUCAAGGAAGAGCAGCGGCGUGGCGAGCCAAUCGCAUGCCUCAUCACCAAGCUCAAGCUCGAGUCGUCGGCCAUUGCGCUCAAGCUGCCGGACCCGACGGGCGACGAGGGCGCGACGCGGGUGGUCGACAUCGACGUUACCGAGUCGGCGUACGCCAACGCACAGGAGUACUACGCCAAGGCCAAGGCGGCGCGGACCAAGCACGCCAAGUCGCUCGCGGCGCUUGACAAGGCCAUGGACGCCAUCGAGAAGCGGGCGCGUGCCAAGGCAGCCAAGGCCGAGGGCAAGGUUGGCCAAUCCAAGGUCAAGAUCCAGGCCACCCGCAAGGCGCUGUGGUUUGAAAAGUUCAACUGGUUUGUGUCGUCGGAGCGGUUUAUGGUCGUCUCUGGCCGCGACGCCCACCAGAAUGAGCUGCUCGUCAAGCGGUACCUUGACAAGCACGACAUAUACGUCCACGCCGACAUCCACGGCGCGGCAUCGCUCAUCAUCAAGAACCCGAGCGGCGGUGUCAUUCCGCCCAACACGCUGGCCGAGGCCGGGUGUGCGUGCGUCUCGCGCUCGGCUGCGUGGUCAGCCAAGAUUGUCUCUUCGGCCUGGUGGGUCUAUGCUCACCAGGUCUCCAAGACUGCGCCGUCGGGUGAGUACCUCUCGACCGGAUCGUUCAUGAUUCGCGGCAAGAAGAACUUUUUGCCGCCGAACCCUCUGGUCAUGGGCUACGGCAUUGUGUUCCGCACUAAGCUUCCUGUCCACGCGGCGCUGACGGUGGCUGAUGGUGCCGGACCGUCGGCGGAAGUUGCUAGCGAGGGGGCAGGCGAGGUGGCAUGCCUGGGGGCAGGCGAUGGUGCGAUUGGAGAGGCUGUCGCCGCUGCCGCGGAUGAUGGCGACCCGGACGACGACUCGGACGACGACUCGGAGGACGAGGGCUCGGACGAUGGCCUGUUUCCGGACACGCCGGCGUACGAGACGCCGACUGGAGCUGGAGCUGGGGCCGGAGCCGACGGCGCUGGUCGCGGGCCGGCGAUCCCCGCGAGCGGCACGGAAGGCGGCAAGGGGGGCGGCAAGCGGCGGAUCACCGCCAAGGAGCGCAAGCUGCUGCGCAAGGCUCGGAAAGAGGGGCGCGAGCUCGACUUGGAGACGCUGCGGGCGGAGCUUGCGGCAAGCAAGCGGGCGGCAGCAGCGGCAGCGGCGCGUGAUGGCGGCAACAACAAGAGCAGCCGCGGCGACGAGGCGUCCGACUCGGGAACCCAGGAUGGGACAGCAGCCAGCGAAGUGUCGGAGCGGACCAAGCGGCGGAAGCGGAACAAGCUCAAGAAGAUGAUGGCCAAGUAUGCCGACCAGGACGACGAGGAGCGGCGGGCGCGGAUGCGCGAGCUGGGACACUCGGAAGAUGUCAUUGCGGCGGCGCUCGGAGAGCCGAGCGAGGGCGGGGACGACAACAACGGCGACGAAGAGAGCGGGAGCGGGUCGGACGGCUCUGCCGCCGACGAGACGGCAACCAUUGUGACGGACCUGCGGCGGACCAUGACCGACGCCGAACGCGAGGCCAUCCACGAGAAGCAGCGGAAGAAAGUCGAGUCCGAAGUGGCGUCGACAGUGUCGCUCAUGCAGACGCUGGUGGGCAACCCGGCGUCAAUGGAUGCGUCACGCGAGGGUGACGAGAACCUGGACUCGACCGGCGGCGACAACGAGCUGCUGUACGCGCUGGUCAUGUGCGGACCGUGGUCAGCCUUCUCCAAGUUCAAGUACAAGGUCAAGCUUGUGCCCGGCGACGGGAAGAAGGGCAAGGCGGCGCGGGCAGCGGUGGCUAACUUUAUGAGCCUCGCCAAGAAGACGCCCGGCCAGCUUGCACUCAUCAAGUCGCUGAAGGAUAAUGACCUCAUUCCGCCGAUGCUCGGCGGCGUCGAAGUCCAGAUUGCCGGCGGCGGCAAGGGCAAGGGCAAGGGCAAGGGCAGAGGCAAGGGCCGAGGCAAGGGCGGCAAGAAGGGCGGCGGCAAGAAGCGCUGAUACAUUGCAGCAUGUGCGCGCGCCGCUCGUCACGACACUGCAGCCAUGCGGAACCGCUCUGGUGGGAUUAGCGAUUCGUUGACGGCAAACUGUGGAGACUCGAUGGCCUGGAUGAGGACGACAAAGCGAUCCAUAAAGGCCUUGUAGUCGUCAAGGGUAAAGUCGUCCGUCGAGAA